GCUAUCAGCUGUUCGACCACAAAGUUUUCUGCAGGUUUUGUUUAUUUCUAUUAAAAUGUAGUUUUGUCGAUAAUUAUUGGGCAUUACUUACAAGUAACUCAAAAUUAAAUCGUCGCUAAGUGUGCUGCAACAUAAAUUGCUUGACAAUGGAAUCAGACUGCGAGGGCGCUGCAGCGUUGGCAGAUGACUCCGGGCACUUUAGCUUCACCAGCGAUGAGGGAGGAGGAAAGGAAAAGGAGCAGUCGAUGUUUCUGGUGCGUCGGGAACUCCUUCGGUCGCGCAGCGAAGUGGAAAGACUACUCAAAUCAGAACAGUGGUACAAGCAGGAGCUCAAAUCGCAGAAGCACAGCAGACUGGAGACCCUCGAACGCUUGUACGCCCAGGAGCGAAAAUAUCUGAUGGAGAACCAAAGGCUGCAGCAGGAAUCGAUGCGCCUACACACAAGGUGUGCAACUCUGGAGAAACAGCAGGAGCAGGGAUCCCCAAGAUCCGCCAGCGCAUCUUCAUUUAAGAGAGAUUCGGAAUCCCCCGACUCCUCCUUUGAGACAAAACAACAGGAGGCCCGGCUCCGGGAUCAGCGUCAGUUGAUAGACGUCCUCCGUAAGCAGAAAAAGAUGCUUCUGGAUGACAUCCGGAUACUCAGCCUGGAGCACGACGAAAAGCUGUCGCAGCUUCAGGAAACUUUGGCCGGCAUGGAGCUAGAGAGCAAGCAUGUGACGGGAAAAUGCAAGCAACUACUCGACCUAAAGAGCCAAAUGGAGCACCAGUUAGAACUGAAGAGCACUGCCCUGCGCAGUGUCACCGCCGAGCGGGAGCAACUCCGCCAUGUCAUCGCCGAGCUGAACGAGACUCUGCAAACCCAGGAGCAACUGCUGGCCUUAAAAGAACAGGAGUUCAUCGAUUUAAAACAGUACUACCAACAAAAGUUGACCCGGGAAAGCAGUUUGGAACUCAUGCACUCAUAUAGUCUUAAGUUCCACAAAGAGAUUAACAGCAAGACGAGCGAGAUUGCCAGCCUUAAAAAUUCCCUCAACGAACUUCAGACGGAGUUGAUGAUGAUGUCCCAGUUGAAGGAGCAAAGCGAGGAGCAACAGCGGCAGCUAGAGCAGUUGGAGUUCACAUUGCAGGCUCAACUUUUGGAGGAGGAACAGCUCCGACAAAGCGAUGCUCUCAAACUGGAGCAGGUGGAGAAUUUAACCAUUUCUUUGACUACCUUGCAACUUGAAAAGGAAAGCCUGAAGGAAAAUUUGAAAGAGGCGCAAAACACUCUGAAAAAGCUUGAGCAGAAAGUGCACAGCCUCCACGGUCAGUAUGCCGAGAUGGUUUUUAAGUGCGAAGAGACCAAGCUGCAAUUGGAAAUGGAAAAAGUCGAAAUUGGCAAGUUUAAGCAGAAAAGUUCCCUCAAGGAAGGUGAGUUGGUUGAGAAACUCCAAGAGUAUGCAGGUCAGUGUAAUGAGCUUAGGAGAGCGUUGGCCAAGGCGGAGUCCCGAAUGGAUGUCCAAACCAAGAAUGCAGACAUCUGGCAAGAGCAGUUAAAAACAAUUGAAAGAUCCAGACAGCAAGAGACAAAGCAGAGCCAAACUACUCAAACCGACCUUGAGGAUCCUAUUCUAAUCCAUCGCAUCGAGACUUUGGAAGUGCAACUGGCGGAUGUCAAGACCCAGAAAAUGCAAACAGUUUCGCUGCUCCAAAAACUGUUACAGCAGCAAGAUGCCAAAAUAAAGAGCACAAAUGAAAUGGAAGCAGACUGGGUACAACUUGUAGAUGCCCUGCAAGCUACCCAGCAAUUUGAGCAGAAAAUGCGUGCAGAGCUUCAACAUAAAACAAUUGAAUUAGAACAACUAAAUCAACUUUUUGCUGGCCAAAAUGAAGAACUACAGAAGCUACAGAAAUUGAGCCUGGCAAAGGACGAGGAGAAUCGGCUGGAGUUACAGCAGCUCAAGGAAACAUUCCAAAAGAAUCUGGAGAUUCACUCCGCUGAUUCGAUAAACUUACACAGGCUACAAGACCAGGUUAAAUCUUUGCUCGCGGAGCGACAGGAAACUACGCCAGAAGAACGCAAGGCGGUAGAGUGCUUGCGAUCUCUGGGUCAAUUUCUCGAAAUGGAAAUGGGGAGGAGGCUGCCAGAAAUAAAGAGUUGGACACAGUUGGCCAAACUUUUGCGAAAAGAACUAAGAAACGGGAGAGUAAACAACCGAAAGGCUGAGGAGUUACCUGGACUUAAAAUAAAGCUGGCGCAGGUCAACGGAAGGCAUGAACAAGCGUUGACCAAAAUAAAGUAUCUGGAGCAAACAUUAGCAGCGGAGCGAGCGCGCUUUGAGGCCUCGGAUUCGGGCAAAUCGACGGCCAGCACCACACCCCAGGAACCCGCCCAUGAGGUAGCAAAUCUGAUGGAUGAUUAUAAGAAGCUCGUUCAACAAACAGCCAAUGAGACGUGUCGCCCCCGCAAUAGCUUCAUUCUAGACCUCAUUGAGCGGAGUCAGCAAUGUCAACCGAAUUUGUGCCAACUAAGUGAGGACGUUAUGGCCUGCCGCUCGGAUAUGGAAGAGCUAAGCAGGCUGCUCGUCGCUGAUCGGAAUCAACGGAAAGUGGAAGUCAUUCCCUCGCUUAUGGAGGAACUUCGAGCAGUGGCAGAGCACUCUUAGGCUCCCUAGUGUAAUUUCAUAACUAAUUUUUCAUGAAGUACUUAAUUUGUUAGUCUCGAAUUUUG